UCCCACCACCACCAACCACCACCCACCACCACCACUGCACCACCACUCCACCACCACUUCAAAUGGGUUUCAGGGAGAAGCUGCUAGUGUGUGCCACAAUUGAAAGUGAAACCAAAGAAGAAAUGGUGAAAUCAAUGGAGAUUGCAAAAGAAGAAGGUGCAGAUCUUGUUGAGCUUUGUAUGGAAUCAAUUUCCCAUAUUUCUGAUGUGGAGUUGGUCUUGAAACAAAGAACUCUCCCUGCAAUUGUUUCCUUCAGGCUAAAUUCGCAGAAAAUUUCAUGCAAAGGAGAUUCGAAGCACAAAUGUUUGCAAGUCCUGAGACUCGCCGUCGAAUUGGAUGUCGAAUUCGUCGAAAUCGACUUCGAGUUGGCUUCUGAUAUGAUUAAUGAAGUUAUGCAAAAACGAGAAAAUAGCAAGAUAAUUGUAUCAAGCUACGUGAAAUGCGGAAUCCAUUCGAAGGAAAAACUAGGCAAUUUGCUUAUAUGCCUCCAAUCUACUGGAGCCGAUAUUGUUAAACUUGUGACCGAAGUGGCUUAUAUUACAGAUGUAGCACCAGUCUUUCAUGUCCUUACUCUUUCUCAGGUCCCUGUGAUUGUAAGAGCGGUUGGAGAUAGAGGCCUUAUAAGCCAAUUGUUGGGCCCGAAAUACGGUGCCUUUAUGGUUUCCGGUUCGUUAGGGGGCAAAUCUAUACCAGGCUUGCCACCUCUUCUCAGCAUCAAGAAUAUUUAUAAGCUUGAUAAUGUGGAUGUGGAUACGAAAGUAUUUGGUGUUGUUUCAAACCCAGUCGGUCAUAGCAAAGGUCCUCUGCUGCACAACCCGGCUUUCAGAUUCUGUGGUUAUAACGGAAUCUAUGUCCCACUCCUCGUUGAUAAUAUUAAAGAGUUUCUCAGAGUAUUCUCGUGUAGCGACUUUGCUGGUUUCAGUAUUGGACUGCCACAUAAGGAAGCAGCGGUAGCGUGCUGCGAUGAAGUUGACCCCCUUGCUAAGUCAAUAGGAGCUGUAAACACCAUUGUUAGGCGGCCCAUUGAUGGAAAGCUUGUUGGUUACAACACAGAUUGUGAUGCUUGCAUUACUGCAAUAGAAGAUGCACUGCGAGAGAGGCAGAUCUCAAAUGGGGAAGAACCAAAUGUAUCCCCAAUUGCUGGAAGAUUGUUCGUAUUAGUUGGCGCAGGAGGUGCCGGAAGAGCACUGGCUUUUGGUGCCAAAAGCAAAGGAGCCCGAGUGGUGAUUUUUAAUCGCAAUUUUGGGAGAGGAGAGUCUCUUGCUCAAGCGGUUUCAGGUGAGGCUUUGCCUAUCGAUCAUUUGGAUGCAUUUUGCCCAGAAAAUGGGAUGAUUCUUGCAAAUUGUUCGGCUAUUGGCAUGGAACCCGAUGUCCACUUAACGCCUGUUUCCAAGGAAAAUUUGAGAUCGUAUGAUCUUGUAUUUGAUGCGGUUUAUACGCCUAGAAACACCCGGCUAUUGCAAGAGGCGGUAGAGGUCGGAGUCACGGUAGUGAGCGGUGUCGAGAUGUUCAUCAGACAAGCUCUUGGUCAGUUCAAAUUGUUCACCAAUGGAUUAGCACCGGAGGACUUCAUGCGCAAGGUCGUAUUAGAACAGUUUUGAUCAUUCAACUCUCAGGACUCGGGUUCCGUCACCAAAUAUUUUUUUCAUCCCCGCUUGGCAAAAGAGUACAAAACCAUAAAUACAUUUGCCAAAUUACUCGAGAAAUUCUUCAAGGUAUAGUAAAUAUGGUAUCCGAGCUUUAUAAAAGAUUAAAAAGAGAAGGAAUUGAUAACGAUACGCUCAGAAGUACUCGGUCUAUUGUUGAAGUUAUUGAAAUUGGUCCAAAAACAUUGUAUAUAGUUUUUGAAUUAAUAACGGACGACUUCUGUGGUUUGAAUCAUUUCUAGUUUGUCUGUAAGACCUUGGAAGUUAUGAGUUUAAAUGACUUUUUUUUGGGGUAAAAAUAAAUGAAAAUAUGAGAAAAUGGUUG